AAAUUUUUAUUUACAAUUGUUACGGUAGUGUUUUUCUAAUAUAUGUAAUGUUCGAGUAAAAAAUUAAAGAUGAAUACUCAAGAUUCUCGAGGACAUCGUCAUGUGACGGAGAGUGUUGUGCACAUGCUUAGGCAACGUGAAUUCUCUGAUGGGUAUACGAGAUCAUUUCAAAAGGCAGCACAUGUUACUGAAGGAAUGAUUAAACGUUUAGGACCUAUUCACGAGCUACAAGGUCAUAAAGGAUGUGUUAAUUGUUUGGAAUGGAGUGAAGAUGGAAGAUUGUUGAUAUCUGGUUCGGAUGAUACGAAAGUUAUUAUUUGGGAUCCAAUGAGAAGAAAGCAGCUUUCUGUAAUUCCAACUCGACAUAUUGGGAAUAUUUUUUCAGUUAAAUUUUUACCGAGGACUAAUUGCUCACAAAUUGUUACUGGAGCUGGCGAUACAUUUGUUACUGUUAUGAAUGUUGAACAUGGUGUUUCAAAAUCUUCUAAAGCAACACCUUUAUUACAUUGUCGAUGCCACGGAGGUCGUGUUAAGCGGAUUGCUACUGCUCCCGAUUUGCCUGAUAUUUUUUGGUCAGCCGGAGAAGAUGGUUUAGUAUUGCAGUUUGAUUUACGUGAACCUCACACAUGUCCUGGAAGCCGAUCAUCAGACAGUGAUGGUAGCAGUGGAGGUGGAAGUAGUAUUGAAAGUCGAAGUGGAAGGACGGUAUUAAUUGAUUUAUGUCGUCAUGCAGGGUGGCAUGCUGAGGCAAAAUGUAUUUCUGUAAAUGCAGUGAAACCUCAUUUAAUUGCAGUUGGAGCAAAUGAUUCAUAUGCUCGAUUAUAUGAUAGGCGAAUGAUAAAAACAUCAAUUUUUAGGAGUGAUCGCGGUGUUGAUUUUUUGGAUCGACAAGCAUGUUUAGCACGUGUAUCUGUGCCAGAUGAAUCAGUUCCUCUACAAAGUGCUCGAUAUUUUACACCAGGUCAUUUAGGCUCGUUAAAUACCUCGAAUGUUGAAGAGAAUACACCAGAUAGAAAUUUUAAAUUAGCUACAACAUACGUAUCAUUUUCACCAUUGGGUGAUGAAUUAUUAGUGAACCUAGGUGGUGAUCAUAUUUACCUUUAUGAUAUUAAUAAUACGAAUAAUUAUACUUAUAAAUUAACAAAGCCUCCAAAAAUGACUGAAGAUAAUGGUUUAAUAAGUUCUGGAGAUACGGGUAGUAGUGGGAAUAAUGGAAUUGUUUUAAAAACUUGUUGCUCAACAUUAAAUGAAUCGUUCCCUAGCGAGGAGAUGUCAUUUGAUGAAGUUCCUGGAAAUCUAACUAUUGUGCCUACUUCAACACCUGAAUGUUCAUGUCAGUAUAUAAAACGAGCGGAUAGUUUAAUGAAACGAAAAUGGUUAGGUGAUUAUUAUGCCGCUGCACGAUAUUAUUUAAUAGCAUUAAAUACACGUGGUGGUAUACGUUCGAUAAAAGGACGCCGUGCAUUGAUUGGUAUUGUGUACGCUUUAAUAAAAUUAAAAUGGUGGAAAGCAGCAAAAGCUUGGAUGAAUUUAUUACGUGGACAUCAUUCAAAAUAUUCAUCUGAGUAUACACGUUUAACUGAAGCUUUACAAAAACCGAAUUCCGAAUGUUUGGUAAUACCAGGUGGGUUACAAAACGAUGAUCAAAUUACAAUCCAUAAAUCACAGCAAGAAACUACAUGGCGAUCAGCUGCUGUAGAUUAUCAAGCUAGAUUUGUGGGACAUUGUAAUACGACAACUGAUAUUAAAGAAGCAGCGUUUAUUGGCCCUACUGGUAAUUAUAUUGCUGCUGGCUCUGAUGAUGGAGUAUUGUAUAUAUGGAAACGGGAUAGUUGUGCAUUAGUAACAGCUUAUCAUGCAGAUACCUCAAUUGUAAAUUGUGUCCAACCACAUCCGUCAACAUGUUUAAUAGCAACUAGUGGUAUUGAAACAGUUGUUAAAUUGUGGCAACCACUGUCCGAUAAUGAUAUUGAAAAUGGAAAACAUGUUGUGUCGGAUAUAUGGCAGGCAGCAGAAUCAAAUCAACAACGAAUUGCAAUGAAUCCAUUUGAAACAAUGAUUGUCAAUUUAGGAUAUGAGCUUUUAGAUGACGUAAUUGAACUGUAUUAAAAAAAAUAUUGAACCAUCCAAAUAAUGGGACCGAUUACAAACUAUAAAAUAGAUUAAAAAAAGUAAUAAUCCCAGUGCUGUGUUCAUGUGGAGAAGUUAAAAUGUGUGCGUGAAUAAACGUAAAUAUCAAAUGCGGGUUUGUACAAUAACACAUGCUAUCACAUAGUACAAGAGCCAGUGAUAAAAUAUUUUUAGCUGUUUGGUGUAGGUUUCUCGUGGACGUAAAAUGUUUAUAACUUUUCGAUGCGUGUGCAGGUCGCACCAUCUUUUAUGUUGGUAUGUAAACGUUUAAUAGCUUUGAAAUUUGUCAACCUAUUGAGUUGCUUAGACAUGUUUUUGAAUCGUCAAGACGUCAAUUCAGUACAAUUCUAACCAUGAAACCAUAUGUUAACACAACGUCCAGCAUAUCGUGGCCAACAGGCACCGUCUAACAACGCUAUUUGUCGUUUGGUGUCAAAUUUUGGAGAGCCCGAGACAAUGGGAGAUCGUCAACAUGUCGUUCAUCAACGACCAUGGUGUUUCAGUGAACUGGUUGAAGCGGUCAGAGAGAGCGUUUUCCAAAAUUCUUAAGUGUCGUAUCGACACCAAAUAAUCGCUCGAAUGGUUGGCAUUGAACCUGAUUUUUUGAAGCAAAUUGAAUGAUUGACGAGGCCUAUUUUACACUCUCUGGCAGCGUUAAUAAGCAAAAUUGUACCAUUUGAGGAACGGAGAAUCUAUACGAGAUCCAUGAAACAUUGCGUGCCCAAAAAGUGACUGUUUGACUAACCCAGAUAAAUUGCAAAAGAUUUAAUUGAAUAAAAAUAAUUCAUAUACAGAAAUCGGUUUAAAAAAAAAGUUAUUCAAUGUUUACGUACCGAUAUAAAAGAUGGCGCACCCGUUAUGUAUAUUGAUAUCUUGAUUUAUCUUAAGUUACGGUUGAAACAAUAUAGUGGGGGGGGGGGCGAAAGCAAUUAUAAUCGCUUGCUUUUAGUAUGAUGAUUACUUUUUUAUUCAUGUUUGUGGGAAAAUCAGAAACCUGUGCAUGAUUGAGAUAAAUAUUCAAGCAGUAAAAUUGUAUAUAAUAAUUACUGUAUUUUACAAAAUAACUACAAGAACACAAGAUGUAAGAGGUUAUGGGAUCGAUUCCAGCCCAGAUGUGUAUGCUUUGUUGAUUUUACGUAUUGUCUUCUUACGUAUUUUUCGACAAUUAUUUUUGUAUAUAUUUUGCUUUUUGUUAUUACAAUGAAUUUAAUUCCUGCCGAAUCAAUAGAAAGUCUAACAAAUUUUGUUAAAAGUAACAAUUGUAAGAAUAACUGUGUUGGAAGAAUAGCUACCACUCAUUGUUAUUUCACUAAGCGCGCAGUGUAAUUUCAUGAGCGUUUGUAUCAUCCGAUCAUAGCCAUCAAGAUAUCCCAAUAAAGCAUAAACUGUAGUGAUCUACGGAGAAUACCAGAUUAUUGGAAUGGUAUUCUAAAUAUUUUUUAUUGGCUCUUGUCCUAAUACAUAAAAUGUACGUGAUGAUUUAAAAUGUGUGAAAUAUUUAUUUUCUUCCCAAA